UAUCUUCCAGGCUAUGUUUAUGAAGAAAAUGCAGUAAUGGCUGUCCAAAAAACACAACUUUCGUCUGCAGAUGGCAGCAAAGACAAAGCCCGAAACCUAGCUGUUCACUUGCCUCUUCUAAUCUAAAGCACCGGAGGAAACAACGUUCCCAGAUCAGCCCUCUAGUGUAUAUGCGAUGCAAGACACACAAACUGAACUCAGAUCAGCGCUCCGGCGAAUGUGCAAGACUUCCUUAUCGGACUCCGCUCGAACAGACUGAUCUCAGAUCAGCGCAUUCACUUGAUCCGCGCUUCAGGAAGCUGUUAGAUUUCCUCCCACAAGAAAACCAACGACAUGGACCGGCUCUGAUUAGCACUUGUUUUCGCCACCGAGCCGUUCCCCCCUCACCGGCCGGGUUCACGUUUGAAGAAGAGCGAGACUGGAGGAGCAGAGCGUCCCUCAUGAUAUAAUGAUCCGUGUCAAAAGAGCUCGCGCUCGAGACGUGAUGAACAGUUGAGCUCGCGCUGUGGCUCCGCGGCAAAGUAUCUCGUCAGUCAGGCAGUUGACUGGAUAAACACAUCGCGUUUUUAAGGUUUUUGUUUUCGUUAUGGUCGAGAUAACGCCGAGACGCUAAAGUGUUAGUUUACAGAGAAGAUACAAUCCGCUGGCUGACUUCAAACUGCGGCAAGCACGUUGGAAACGCCGCGUUAUUCAGCGUAAUGGUGUCCUGUCGAAAUAAUCUCACACUGACAGACGAGAGCCCGGCGAGUAUAUUUACACGUUGUUUUUAAACGGUCGCUUAAUUUUUGUAAACCUGAAAGGCGUUUAUUUUGCGGAUGUUGUCAAACUUUAUCAGCAAGCCGCUAGCGAGCUAGCGAGUUCCGCCGGUUGAUUUGCCGCGCUAAAACGGCACAGUUUGCGUAGAGCUGAAGACAAAAUAGAAACGUUAACGUUACUGACUGAAAACUGACGGGCUGUCAUGGCAACUCGGGUUGUAACUUAAGGUCGAGAGAGCGACACAGAAGCCUCGGUGUCGAACCUGCGCUCACCAUUGAUUCUGUCUUUGUGUUUGUGGAGCGAAGUUGAGGAGAGAGUAUUACUCAACCUCCAUCCAUCAGAAUGAAGAGAAAUGAGAGCAAAAACAAAAGGAAACUCUGCACCUCUGAGCAGCGGGAGAGCAGCACCGAAGGAAAAGACGAGCAGGAGCUGCCGGCGCCACCUCCCCUGCUGUUCAGGAAGCUGAGUAACCCCGACCUGUCUCCUGCCGCAGGAAAGACCAAACUGCAGCGGCAGCUUAGUCAGGAUGACACCAGAGCCCGGCGUAGCAGUAUGGCCGGCAUCCUCACCGGAAAGCAGCUUCUGCCUCUGUCCAGCAGCAUGCACGGUGGAGUGAGUCAGCUGGCCUGGCAGCAGCACACAGGAGAACCCAAUAACUUGGUCCGCAUGAGGAGUCAAUCCUUUGGCCAGUCUGCCCCCUCUCUCACUGCGGGACUGAACCCGAGGAAAGCCUUGUACGUAAUGCAGAGUUCUGUAAUGCGCAUGGGUGUUUCUAACCAUGAGGUGGCAGCAUUGCCCACUGAUGUAAAACUAAACGGUACAUCUUGAAUGGAUAAAGUGUUAAACAUGGUCU